GACACACGGCACGGCAUCUCCUUGUUCUCGAGCAGAUACUACUAGAAGAUGCGCCGCGCCCUCUCCCCUUCCUCCUCCUCCUCCUCCUCUUCAACAAGUCUCGCCACCCGCCCCCUUGUCCCAGCAACUCCGCCGCCGCCGCCGCCGCCGCCGCCGCCGCCGUCGUAAAGCCCUCUCCGGCUCUCCCCCGUCCGCCGCCGCCGCCGCCACUGGUGGGCCAGGCCGCCCCAGAGAAGAGGCCAGAGGAGACGCCGGGGACGUCGGGCCGCGGGGUUCGAGAUGGUGCUGUGGGAGCUCACGGCCAUCACCGCCUACUUCCUCGGGCUCAGGCGCACCUACCGCCUCGCGCUCCGCAUCCAGCGCCGCCUCAUCCCGCCCAACCACCCCAGGAUCCGGGACUUCGUCUACAGGCGUACACGGGAUAUCUUCAAUGUUGCAGUGUCAGUGCACAAGAACAUUCAGCAGAGAGACAUAGAGGUUGGUCGGAACCUCGGAAACGCAAUCCUUCGCUGGCUUGAUCGCAUGAAGCCAUCAGCAGAGAUCCGCCCUCGUCUUCCAGGCCCACCAAACAGCAGCUCUGAGCAGUACAGACAUGUAUCAAGCGCAAGCAGGAGCGCGGGGGCACAGAAGACAGCCUCCAAAGCUUCGCCCCACGACUCCAGCGGAAAGAUGCUGUUCUCACGCCUGAACAUUCGGCCCAAAUCCUUCCCUGUUCUGCCCACGAUGACGCAGCCCAACAGAAUCAGCGCGAGCAGCCAGUGCCGGCGCAUCUCCUACACCCCGUUCCCGUCAGUCACCGCAAAGAGGAAAAGCCUGAUGGAGGGCGUCUUCCGCAAGGACAUUGCACAGCUGAUGGCGUAAGGAUCUAUUUCUUGCAGCCAUCUAGUAUACUUUUUUUUUUCUGGAACAUGAAGAUUAUCAGACCGAUUUAGUUAUUCGCCCAGAGCAGAUGUCUAAUGUUUGAUGUGUCAUCGUGUAAUAAUAAAAAUGAAGCGAGCGCCGUGGGAAUUUGUCACUGCUGUGCCUGUUUAGGCCAUUAGAAUUCUAACCAAUGCUCAGAUGAACAGCAUUUCAUGUUUGGUAAUGAACAUCAGAACAUGUGUACUCGUUUUGGCUUGAGUUGCUGUCUGGGAAUUGGGAAAUCA